AUGGCGCCAAUCACGGGGGAAGAGUUCCUAGCGGAGUCGGCCUUCGUGAAGAAGAAGGGCCUGGCGAGUGCCUGGAAGGCAGAGAAAGUGGUGCAGGAUGGCCUUGCCUGCCGAGCGUGUGACUGGUUUGGCGUGCCCCUGGUGGGGGUGGCGGAGACAACUGCGGUUCUCCCUCUGGACAAGGUGGAGCCGUUGAUGGUGAGGGGCGGAAGGGUGAUUGGAGCGGGUGGCCUCCCCGAGGUACGGCUGCGCUGCUCAGAGCUCUGCAUGGAGGAUCAGGUCCCCCCCCUCAGGCAGCUGAGGUUGCUUUUUGGCGCGCAGCAAGGGGUGAUGCAGCAGCAGGAGAAGUGGUCGGAUGAGUGGGGAAGUGUGAUUGACUGGAAGAGGGUCAUCAGGGUGCGGGACUCCGCAGUGCUUCCGAACCGAGCCCGGGACGUUCUGCUUCGCCUGCAUUGUCGUAAUCUCCAAGUCGGGGUGCGGCUAAAAUUGCUGGAGGGGAUGGCAUGCCCGCACUGUGGGGAGGAGGAGACAGCGGAGCACUGUUUCUUCAGCAUCCUCCCUGUGCGGUCCCCGCUUCUGUCUGCUUAUGCCGUUUUUUCAGCGCAGCACGAGACACCUCACGCGACCUCACUCUUUCACUCGAGCAGAGCGUGUUCCAGAAACGGAGGUUUGGGUGCGGAAGCAGCCGCUCUGGAGCAGCACGAGGGGAGUCAAGCAGCGGCUGCGGCGGCUGCUGCUGCGGCUGCUGCCGCUGCGGCGGCGGCGGCGGCUGGGGGAUGGAUGUUGCUCCCUUCAGCAGGUUCUCUUCAUAGUCACCCCGCGUUAUUAUCACCUGCUGCAGCGUCCGUGCAGCACAAUCACCUGCUCGCCUCGUUAAAGUCAAUCGCCGGAAUCCCUGGAAUCUCGCCAGUCGGCGCAUCUCAACCGUCCAUCUCUCUAUCGCACGACCACUUGCCGUUCCCGUCCCCUUACGCUGGUAACGCCGCGGCGUUGAUUCCGUUUCUUCCCCCCGGUGCUCAUCAUCCAAUAAGCAACCUCCACAUCAGCGGCGGCGCGCAAGGGCUGAACCAUAGCGUGUUAGGUAACCCACUAUUUGCGUCGUUAGGAGGCUCUAGCGCAUCGACCGCAUCUGGACAGGCUUUAAUUCCCAUGCAAGCCCCUGUCAUGCCCACACACCCCGGUUUCCCGAGCAACGGUUUUGUCUCGUCUCACUUCGACCCUGCUGCUGCCGCCGCCGCCGCUGCAGCAGCGACAUACCCGCAACCAGUUUCCGCGUCGCUCCCAGUCGCAGGAGCCGUUUCCGCCGCCGCCGGUAACGGCGUGGGCGGUUUAAUCCCUUCUGCGGCCAUACCCGGUCCCGCCACCGCCGCGUCCGCCGCCGCCGCCGCCGCAGCCGCAGCCGCCGCGGCCGGACGGCUUAGUGCCGUGAAGGAUCCGUUAGGGUAUGCGGCUAUGUUGAGGUCUCGGGGGAAAGUUAACGAAGCGCUCGCGAUAUACGAGGCGAUUAUAGCGGAGAGAAUAGGAGCAGCUGUGACUAUGACGAGGGGAAAUGUAGCGGGUAGCGGAGCGGGGACAUUAGGAGGGGGCGCAAGCGCGGGGGAAGGGGGAGGGGGAGCGGGAGGGGUAGGGGCAGGCGGGGCCGCGGCCGCCGCGACUGCGGAGGCGCUGGUGGGGAAGGGGCAGUGUUUGCAAGCGCAGGGGAAGCUUAGCGCGGCGUUUGAGGCGUACGUGUCCGCGUUACAGCUGAAUCCGACACACGCUGUAGCGCUGACGCAGUGCGGAGUGCUGUACAAAGAGGAGGGACACUUGUUAGAGGCGAUCGAGGUGCGUGGGGGGGGGGGGGAAGUGGGACUUGCUAGAGGCUAUAGAGGUGCGUGGGGGGAGGAGGAGGGGAAAGAGGAGCGGGGAGAGAGGUGCGUGGGGGGAGGGGGAGGGGCAGUUGUGAGAGUUGAUAGAGUGGGUGAGGAGGAAGAGGAGGGAGGAGAGGAGGGGAGGGAGAGGAGGGGAGAGGAGGGGAGAGGAGGGGGAGAGGAGGAGAGAGGAGGGGGAGAGGAGGGGAAGGGGUGGAGAGGUGAUUUAGGUGAGUGGGUGAGGAGGGAGAGGGGAGUGAGGGGGGGGGGAGGAAAGAGUCGUGGGGAGAGAAAGGAAGGGGAGAGGAGGGGGGGAGGGAGAGGUGGAAAGGGAGAGGAGGGGGAGAGGAGGGCUUAUAAAAAGGCGUUGGAGGCGGAUCCGGGGUGCAAGGAGGCACAGGAGCAGCUGGCGGUGGCUUACAGGAAGGCGCUAGAGGCGGAUCCGGGGUGCAAGGAGGCACAGGAGCAGCUGGCAGUGGUGCUCACAGACCUGGGCACGCGCCUUAAGCUGGGGGGGUCGGUGCAGGAGGGCAUAGCGAAAUAUUAUGAGGCUAUUGCUGCCGACCAGAGAUACGCGCCGGCAUACUACAACCUAGGAGUGGUGUAUUCGGAGAUGGGGCAGUACAAGGCGGCUCUCCAGUUCUAUGACAAGGCCGUGGCGCUCAGGCCGCUGUAUGCGGAGGCGCAUUGCAACAUGGGGGUGAUCUACAAGAAUUGCGGGGAUUUACACUCGGCUAUUGCAUGCUAUGAGCGGUGUCUGGCUGUAGCGCCCAACUUCACCAUUGCACGCAACAACAUGGCCAUCGCUCUCACUGACCUGGGCACCAAGGUGAAGCUGGAGGGCGACAUAUCAGCAGGAGUGGCGCACUACAAGCGAGCGCUGCUGUUCAACUCGCAUUAUGCCGAUGCCAUGUACAACCUGGGGGUGGCCUAUGGCGAGAUGCUCAAGUUUGACAUGGCAGUGGUGAUGUACGAGCUGGCCCUGCAUUUCAACCCGCAAUGCGCCGAAGCAUGCAACAACCUGGGGGUGAUAUACAAGGACAGAGACAACCUGGACAAGGCUGUGGAGUGCUACCAGAAAGCGCUGCGCAUCAAGCCCAGCUUCUCCCAGUCGCUCAACAACCUGGGGGUCGUGUACACCGUGCAGGGCAAGAUGGAUCUAGCCCUCAACAUGAUUCAAGCUGCCAUACUCGCCAACCCCGCAUAUGCUGAGGCAUACAACAACCUGGGCGUACUGCACAGGGAUGCGGGCAACAUCCCAGCAGCCAUCGAGGCGUACCAGCAGUGCCUUACGAUCGACCCUGACUCCAGGAAUGCCGGCCAGAACCGUCUACUAGCAAUGAACUAUAUUCACGAUGGGCUGGAUGACUCACUAUUCGCUGCUCACCGGGACUGGGGUGAGCGCUUCUCACGCCUCUUUCCCCGAUUUUCCUCGUGGCCCAACUCGUGCCGGCCGGACCGGCGGCUGGUGGUGGGGUACAUUUCCCCCGACUACUUCACUCACUCCGUCUCCUACUUCAUUGAGGCGCCCCUAACAUACCAUGACCCGAAUGUGGUCAAGGUGGUGGUGUAUUCGGCCGUGGUCAAGGCGGACGGCAAAACAAGUCGGUUCAAAGAGGCAGUGCAGAGCAAAGGCGGAGUGUGGCGGGACAUAUUCGGGGUGGACGAGCGGCGUGUGGCAGCCAUGGUGCGGGAGGACGGCGUAGACAUACUCGUGGAGCUGACAGGGCACACGGCCAACAACCGGCUGGGCGUGAUGGCAUGCAAGGCUGCGCCCAUCCAGGCGACCUGGAUUGGGUACCCCAAUACCACCGGGCUGAGGGCUAUUGACUACCGGCUGACUGACGCCCUGGCUGACCCUCCCAGCAGCAGCCAAAGGCAUGUAGAGGAGUUAGUGCGCCUUCCAGGAUGCUUCCUCUGCUACACCCCUUCGUCUGAAGCAGGGCCGGUGUCCCCGUCGCCUGCGGUGGCCAAUGGCUUUGUGACAUUUGGCAGCUUCAACAACCUUGCCAAGAUAACACCAGCAGUGGUGCGCCUGUGGGCCCGAAUCCUGCUCGCAGUGCCCGGGUCGCGCCUGAUGCUCAAGUGUAAGCCUUUCACAUGCGCGUCCAUCAGCCAGCAGCUCAUGGCGCAGCUCGAGUCCCACGGCAUCUCCCCCCUGCGAGUCGACCUGCUGCCGCUCGUGCUGCUGAACCACGAGCACAUGCAGAGCUACGCCGUGAUGGACAUCAGUCUCGACUCGUUCCCCUAUGCCGGCACCACCACCACGUGCGAGUCUCUCUUCAUGGGUGUGCCCUGCGUUACCAUGGCCGGGAGAGUGCACGCGAACAACGUUGGUGUGUCGCUGCUCACGAAUAUGGGCCUACCGAACCUGGUGGCUCGAAACGAGGACGAGUACGUGGCCAUAGCAACGCAGCUAGCCUCGGACAUACCGCAACUGGCGUUGCUCCGAGCCUCCAUGCGUCCGCGCAUGCUCUCUUCUCGCCUCUGCGGAGGGAGGUCGAGUAGGAAAAAACAAGGAGAGGAACGGAUGGCGGGAGCUGCAGGCGCAGCGGAGCAAGGUAAACGAGAAAAAUCACCCGCAGGCGCAGGAGCAGGGGGCGGAGGAGGGGGGUGCACGCGGACAGCAGAGGGGGUAUCUGAGGCGGUGGCAACAGUGGGGUCUAGAGAAGCUCCUGUGGAGGACAGCCGUGGGGGGGGCAGCAGCAGCAGGCGGGGGGGGGGUGGGACUGGGGGAGGGUCGACAGCAGAAGCAGUAGCAGCAGCCGAGGGUGCUUCAGGUGCUGCUGGGACAGACUCUCUGAGUGCUGGCCUCAGGAAGCUUGGGAUUGCUGGCAGUGUAAUCAUGUUCGACCUGUACAAGGACCAGUACUGGCAAGGGCAGGACGUGGCGGGAAGGGCAGCAGUGGUGGGAAGGGCAGGGGUGGUAGGAAAGCGGCAGCAACUGCUGCGUUGCGAAAGGAGUGAGGCGAGACCAGAGCGGGAAACCACAGUGCAGGCUGCUGGUGGGAGGCUGUUGGUGGGUGGUGGGAGUCGCUGUCGUGCGUUCAGCAGUUUUCCUCUGCGGGCUGCUGGUGGGAGGGAGGUAGUGACUCUCGGUGUGAGCCGCAGUGGUGCGUUUAGGAAUUCCUCAAAAGGCGGGAGGAGUGAGGCGGGACCAGAGCAGGAAACGUCAGUGAAGGCUGUUGGUGGGAGGGAGGUGGUGACUCUCGGCGUGAGCCGCAAAGUAGGGAGGAACCAGUUUCACGAGCGGAGGGAGGAGGCAAGAGGGGGGAGGGAAGGGGGGGAGGAAGGGGGGGGGGGAGGGGAGGAAGGGGAAGAGGGGAGGAGCAUGUAUGAGCUUCCACCCCAUCUCAAUCCGCAGCUGCCGGAAGGGCCGUGGUGA